CCCCGCCCCGGCCGGGAGGAGCCUGCGCGGGCGGCGGUCCCGCCCCUGGCGCCGCGGCCCGGCCCGGCCCGGCCAUGAGGCUGACGCGGGCGGCCGUGCUGGCCCGGGCCAAGGCCGCCGCGCUCGAUGGCGUCCGCCGCCUCAACUGCUGGGGCAGCCACCUGACGGAUAUAUCAAUAUGCCGGGAUUUGCCCAACAUUGAGGUGAUCACAUUCAGCGUGAACAGCAUCUCGGACCUCGAGCCACUGCGUCAGUGCCAGAACCUGAGCGAACUCUACCUGAGGAAGAACAAUAUUGCCAGCCUAAGUGAGCUCUUCUUCCUCAAGAACCUGCCCCGGCUGAGGGUGCUGUGGCUGUCGGAAAACCCCUGCUGUGGGUCGGAUCCCCACCGCUACCGCAUGACGGUGCUGCGGAACCUCCCCAGCCUGCAGAAGCUGGAUAACCAAGCUGUGACGGAGGAAGAACUGUCCCAGGCGCUGGUCGAUGGUGAGGAGAUCACGGCCCCGCCAGCCAGGGGGAGCGUGGAGAACGGCUGCCGCGAAUCCACGGGGUCCAGCGCUGCGGAAUCCACAACGGAGACCGCGAGUGAACUGCUCAACUUGAGCCUGGAGGAGACCAACAAAAUUCGAGAGGAGCUUGGUAUGAAGCCUGUUCCCAGGGAUAAAUUUUCCUCAUUUUCACCUCGAGAGACAGACUGCAACCGAAAGAACAGAAACAACGUCCUCAAUGCCAUCCUGCUUCUCGUGAAGGAACUGGAUGCAGAGGGACUGGAGAUGGUCCAGCAGACGGUGGGGAGGAGGCUCCAGGCCUUUCGGAAGAAGGAGCUGCAGGAGGAGUGACAGUGCCUGUGACAGACGUCCCCAGAGCCCCCCAAGGGACUGGCACGGGGGGUGCUGGCUGUCCCUGCAGCUCCUGACGUGGCCCCUGGCUCUGCAUGUCCCCGAUCUGCCUCUUGGGAGCUUUGCUUGCGUAGCUCCGUUAAUGUAUCUCCCAUCGCUGUUCGAUGGGAGCUGCAGGGGAAUGGGCAAAGCAGAAGGGAGCAGGGCUGCAGGGAGAGGUGCUGCCACGCUCUGCGAUCGAACGGUCACGGCAAAGCCGCUGACGGCCUGAUAUGUCACCGCUUGCCGGUGGCUCCCUGAGCCUAACCCUGCGCCAGCCUCUUUGCGUGCAGCAGGCUCUGCAGGCAGCUUCCGCCACAAAGAUUUGGUUUGUUUGGUGAAAUCUUGUCGGGGAGACGCCGCCUGAAGUGAUCGCCAAGAACUGUCUGGUGCUGAUUGCGAAGGUCAAUGUCAAAUUCUUAAUUUAUCUUCAACCCCUGACUUCCUCUGGUCCUCGUUAGUGCACGCAGCAUGGGUUGGGUGGCCCAAAGAGCAGCUCAGUGCAGUCGCGGUGAAACAAACACCUCUCCCAGCUCCUGAAUGCUCAGCUGGGCUCUCACCCCCACAUGCCCUUGCAGGCGUUAAAGCAGCUUAAAAACACUUGAUGUCUGAGUAAAAAGCCCCUGUGCGUUUUGCAGUUAGGAGAAAAACACGGCGAGUGUUACUGUCUGGUUUGCGCAGGCAUCGGGGGUGGCAUUUAACUGGAAAAGCUGCGUUUACUAAGAUUUUAUGGAGCUGUUAAACACCAAAUCAACCAUUGUGACAUACCAAAUAAAACCAGCUAUCCCUCGA